AUGUGGACGGGACGUGGACGUGGACGUGGACGUGGACGGGACGUGGACGUGGACAUGGACGUGGACGUGGACAUGGACUUGGACGUGGACGUGGACGUGGACGUGGACAUGGACCUGGACGUGGACGUGGACGUGGACUUGGACGUGGACGUGGACGUGGACGUGGACAUGGACGUGGACGUGGACGUGGAGGUGGACGUGGACGUGGACGUGGACGUGGACGUGGACAUGGACGUGGAGGACUUGGACGUGGACAUGGACGUGGACAUGGACGUGGACGUGGACGUGGACGUGGACGUGGACAUGGACGUGGACAAGGACGUGGUCGUGGACGUGUACGUGGACGUGGACGUGGACGUGGACAUCGACGUGGACGUGGACGUGGACGUGGACGUGGUCGUGGACGUGGACGUGGACAUGGACGUGGACGUCGACGUGGACGUGGUCGUGGACGUGGACGUGGACAUGGACGUGGACGUGGACAUGGACGUGGACGUGGACGUGGACGUGGACCUGGACGUGGACGUGGACGUGGACGUGGACGUGGUCUUGGACGUGGACGUGGACGUGGACGUGGACAUGGACGUAGUCGUAGACGUGGACGUGGACGUGGACGUGGACGUGGACGUGGACGUGGACGUGGUCGUGGACGUGGACGUGGUCGUGGACGUGGACGUGGACGUGGACGUGGACCUAGACGUGGACGUGGACGUGGACGUGGACGUAGACAUGGAAUUGGACGUGGACAUGGACGUGGACGUGGACGUGGUCGUGGACGUGGACGUGGACGUGGUCCUGGUCGUGGACGUGGUCGUAGACGUGGACGUGGUCGUCCACGACGUGGACUUGCACGUGGACGUGGACGUGGACGUGGACGUGGUCGUGGACGUGGACGUGGACAUGGACCUGGACGUGGACGUGGACGUGGACGUGGACGUGGACGUGGACGUGGAUGUGGUCGUGGACGUGGACGUGGACAUGGACAUGGACGUGGACGUGGACGUGGACGUUGAUGUGGACGUGGACGUUGACGUGGACGUGGACGUGGACGUGGACGUGGACGUGGACGUGGACGUGGACGUGGAUGUGGACGUGGAUGUGGACGUGGACGUGGACGUGGACAUGGACAUGGACGUGGACAUGGACGUGGACGUGGACAUGGAGGUGGACGUUCACGUGGUUGUGGACGUGGACGUUAACGUGGACGUGGACGUGGACGUGGACGUGGACAAGGACAUGGUCGUGGACGUGGACGUGGACAAGGACAUGGUCGUGGACGUGGACGUGGACGUGGACGUGGACAUCGACGUGGACGUGGACGUGGACGUGGUCGUGGACGUGGACGUGGACAUGGACGUGGACGUCGACGUGGACGUGGUCGUGGACGUGGACGUGGACAUGGACGUGGACGUGGACGUGGACGUGGACAUGGACGUGGACGUGGACGUGGACAUGGUCGUGGACGUGGACGUGGACGUGGACGUGGACGUGGACGUGGACAUGGACGUGGACAAGGACAUGGUCGUGGACGUGGACGUGGACGUCGACGUGGACGUGGACGUGGAUGUGGACGUGGACGUGGACGUGGACGUGGACGUGGACAUGGUCGUGGACGUGGACGUAGUCGUGGACGUGGAGGUGGACGUGGACGUGGACAUGGACGUGGACGUGGACGUGGACGUGGUCGUGGACGUAGACAUGGUCGUGGACGUGGACGUGGACGUGGACAUGGACGUGGACGUGGACAAGGUCGUGGUCGUGGACGUGGACGUGGACGUGGACGUGGACGUGGUCGUGGACGUGGACGUGUACGUGGACGUGGACGUGGACGUGGACGUGGACGUGGACGUGGUCGUGGACGUGGAGGACUUGGACGUGGACAUGGACGUGGACGUGGACGUGGUCGUGGACGUGGACGUGGACGUGGUCCUGGUCGUGGACGUGGUCGUAGACGUGGACGUGGUCGUCCACGACAUGGACUUGCACGUGGACGUGGACGUGGACGUGGACGUGGACAUGGACGUGGACGUGGACGUGGACGUGGACGUGGACGUGGACAUGGUCGUGCACGUGGACGUGGACUUGGACGUGGACAUGGACGUGGACGUGGACGUGGACGUGGACGUGGACGUGGACGUGGUUGUGGACGUGGACAUGGACCUGGACAUGGACGUGGACGUGGACAUGGACGUGGACAUGGACGUGGAUAUGGACGUGGGCGUGGACAUGGACGUGGACGUGAACGAGGACAUGGACAUGGACAUGGACGUGGACAUGGACAUGGACGUGGACAUGGACGUGGACAGGGACGUGCACGUGGACGUGGACGUGGACGUGGACAUGGACGUGGACGUGGACGUGGACGUGGACAUGUAUGUGGACGUGGACGUGGACAUGGACGUGGACGUGGAAGUCUUGGACGUGGACAUGGACGAGGACGUGGACGUGGACGUGGACGUGGACAUGGUCGUGGACGUAGACGUGGACGUGGACUUGGACGUGGACAUGGACGUGGACGUGGACGUGGACGUGGACGUGGACAUGGACGUGGACAUGGACGUGGACGUGGACGUGGACGUGGACGUGGUCGUGGACGUGGACGUGGACGUGGACGUGGACGUGGACAUGGACGUGGACGUGGACGUGGACGUGGAGGUGGACGUGGACGUGGAGGUGGACGUGGACGUGGAGGUGGACGUGGACGUGGAAGUGGACGUGGACAUGGACGUGGACGUGGACGUGGACGUGGACGUGGACAUGGACGUGGACAUGGACGUGGACGUGGACGUGGACGUGGAUGUGGACAUGGACGUGGACAUGGUCGUGGACGUGGACGUGGACGUGGACGUGGACAUGGACGUGGACGUGGACAUGGACGUGGACGUGGACGUGGACGUGGACGUGGACGUGGACGUAGACGUGGACAUGGACGUGGACAUGGACGUGGACGUGGACGUGGACGUGGACGUGGACAUGGACGUGGACGUGGACGUGGACGUGGACGUGGACGUGGACGUGAACGUGGACAUGGACAUGGACAUGGACGUGGACAUGGACAUGGACGUGGACAUGGACGUGGACAGGGACGUGCACGUGGACGUGGACGUGGACGUGGACAUGGACGUGGACGUGGACGUGGACGUGGACAUGUAUGUGGACGUGGACGUGGACAUGGACGUGGACGUGGAAGUCUUGGACGUGGACAUGGACGAGGACGUGGACGUGGACGUGGACGUGGACAUGGUCGUGGACGUAGACGUGGACGUGGACUUGGACGUGGACAUGGACGUGGACGUGGACGUGGACGUGGACGUGGACAUGGACGUGGACAUGGACGUGGACGUGGACGUGGACGUGGACGUGUGGACGUGGACGUGGACGUGGACGUGGACGUGGACAUGGACGUGGACGUGGACGUGGACGUGGAGGUGGACGUGGACGUGGAGGUGGACGUGGACGUGGAGGUGGACGUGGACGUGGAAGUGGACGUGGACAUGGACGUGGACGUGGACGUGGACGUGGACGUGGACAUGGACGUGGACAUGGACGUGGACGUGGACCGUGGACGUGGAUGUGGACAUGGACGUGGACAUGGUCGUGGACGUGGACGUGGACGUAGACGUGGACGUGGACAUGGACGUGGACGUGGACAUGGACGUGGACGUGGACGUGGACGUGGACGUGGACGUGGACGUAGACGUGGACAUGGACGUGGACAUGGACGUGGACGUGGACGUGGACGUGGACGUGGACAUGGACGUGGACGUGGACGUGGACGUGGACGUGGACGUGGACGUGGACGUGGACGUGGACGUGGACGUGGACGUGGACGUGGACAUGGACGUGGACGUAGACGUAGACGUGGACGUGGACAUGGACGUGGACGUGGACGUGGACAUGGACGUGGACGUGGACGUGGACGUGGACGUGGACAUGGACGUGGACGUGGACGUGGACGUGGACGUGGACGUGGACAUGGUCGUGCACGUGGACGUGGACUUGGACGUGGACAUGGACGUGGACGUGGACGUGGACGUGGACGUGGACGUGGACGUGGUUGUGGACGUGGACAUGGACCUGGACAUGGACGUGGACGUGGACAUGGACGUGGACAUGGACGUGGAUAUGGACGUGGGCGUGGACAUGGACGUGGACGUGAACGUGGACAUGGACAUGGACAUGGACGUGGACAUGGACAUGGACGUGGACAUGGACGUGGACAGGGACGUGCACGUGGACGUGGACGUGGACGUGGACAUGGACGUGGACGUGGACGUGGACGUGGACAUGUAUGUGGACGUGGACGUGGACAUGGACGUGGACGUGGAAGUCUUGGACGUGGACAUGGACGAGGACGUGGACGUGGACGUGGACGUGGACAUGGUCGUGGACGUAGACGUGGACGUGGACUUGGACGUGGACAUGGACGUGGACGUGGACGUGGACGUGGACGUGGACAUGGACGUGGACAUGGACGUGGACGUGGACGUGGACGUGGACGUGGUCGUGGACGUGGACGUGGACGUGGACGUGGACGUGGACAUGGACGUGGACGUGGACGUGGACGUGGAGGUGGACGUGGACGUGGAGGUGGACGUGGACGUGGAGGUGGACGUGGACGUGGAAGUGGACGUGGACAUGGACGUGGACGUGGACGUGGACGUGGACGUGGACAUGGACGUGGACAUGGACGUGGACGUGGACGUGGACGUGGAUGUGGACAUGGACGUGGACAUGGUCGUGGACGUGGACGUGGACGUAGACGUGGACGUGGACAUGGACGUGGACGUGGACAUGGACGUGGACGUGGACGUGGACGUGGACGUGGACGUGGACGUAGACGUGGACAUGGACGUGGACAUGGACGUGGACGUGGACGUGGACGUGGACGUGGACAUGGACGUGGACGUGGACGUGGACGUGGACGUGGACGUGGACGUGGACGUGGACGUGGACGUGGACGUGGACGUGGACAUGGACGUGGACGUAGACGUAGACGUGGACGUGGACAUGGACGUGGACGUGGACGUGGACAUGGACGUGGACGUGGACGUGGACGUGGACGUGGACAUGGACGUGGACAUGGACGUGGACGUGGACGUGGACGUGGACGUGGUCGUGGACGUGGACGUGGACGUGGACUUGGAUGUGGACAUGGACGUGGACGUGGACGUGGACGUGGAGGUGGACGUGGACGUGGAGGUGGACGUGGACGUGGAGGUGGACGUGGACGUGGAAGUGGACGUGGACGUGGAGGUGGACGUGGACGUGGACGUGGACGUGGACAUGGACGUGGACGUGGACGUGGACGUGGACGUGGACAUGGACGUGGACAUGGACGUGGACGUGGACGUGGACGUGGACAUGGACGUGGACGUGGACGUGGACAUGGACGUGGACAUGGACGUGGACGUGGACAUGGACGUGGACGUGGACGUGGACGUGGACGUGGACGUGGACGUGGAUGUGGACAUGGACGUGGACAUGGUCGUGGACGUGGACGUGGACGUAGACGUGGACGUGGACGUGGACGUGGACGUGGACGUGGACGUGGACGUGGACGUAGACGUGGACAUGGACGUGGACAUGGACGUGGACAUGGACGUGGACGUGGACAUGGACGUGGACGUGGACGUGGACGUGGACGUGGACAUGGACGUGGACGUGGACAUGGACGUGGACGUGGACGUGGACGUGGACGUGGACGUGGACGUAGACGUGGACAUGGACGUGGACAUGGACGUGGACGUGGACGUGGACGUGGACAUGGACGUGGACGUAGACGUGGACGUGGACGUGGACAUGGACGUGGACAUGGACGUGGACGUGGACAUGGACGUGGACGUGGACAUGGACGUGGACGUGGACGUGGACGUGGACGUGGACAAGGACCUGGUCAUGGACGUGGACGUGGACGUGGACGUGGACGUGGACAUGGACGUGGACGUGGACGUGGACGUGGUCGUGGACGUGGACGUGGACGUGGACGUGGUCGUGGACGUGGACGUGGAAUGGACGUGGACGUGGACUUGGACAUGGACAUGGACGUGGACGUGGACGUGGACGUGGACGUGGACAUGGUCAUGGACGUGGACGUGGACGUGGACGUGGACAUGGAUGUGGACGUGGACGUGGUCGUGGACGUAG